AUGAAGCAGCAACUUUUCUUGAUAUUUUGUGUUCUGUUUUUAGAGCAAGGGAUGGGGAUGAAGAGGCCAGCAGAGGAGGACUAUAAUAGCAAUGUUCAUGCCAAAAGAUCAAGGGAUGAGAAUGGUGAUGGAGGGCCACAGUUAACAUUACGUUUCUUGUUACAAAGCAAGGUCAGGUUUGAUGUUUGCCCCAUGUUAGUACUUAUGUUGGAAAAGUUGCAAAAGUAAAUAUAUUUUUCUUCAUGUUUCCUGCUUGUUUGUCUUGUGAAAAGAAAGCAAUUAUUUGCUUGUUUAUAAAAACAUGUAAGGUUGCAAUUCCUAAAUAUUUUUCAUCAUUUUUUUUCUAGGAUGCUGGUGGUAUUAUUGGCAAGGUAAUUAUUAUAAAAUUAUGCGUCAUGUAAAACAUAAUACAAUACCUAGUGACCUGCAGUUUUCUCUGGACAAAUCUGAAAUCCGUAUUCAAGUAAAAUUGCCCUGUCAAAUUGGAAAUCAAUUUGAGGAGGACUCGGAAAAAAAAAAUCCGAGUCCCAGAUGGGAUUUGAACCCACGACCCUCCGUGAUCUAGUCGGAUGCUCUAACCACUUGAGCUACUGGAGACUCUAUGGUGAGCAAGGGCCAAUUUGUGGGUCUCGACUGGAACCGCAUCACGCGGCUACACAGCCAAGUAAUGAUAGGCACACAAGAAGUGAAGAACUCACUAACAGCAUCGCGCUGUCACCUUAAAGCAUAUCCAAGAUGCGGCCAACCAACCUCCAAAGUGAGUAUAUUGAAGAUGAAACAACAACAACAUGAUAUUAAUUUGAGGAGGACUCGGAAAAAAAAUCCGAGUCCCAGAUGGGAUUUGAACCCACGACCCUCCGUGACGGAGGGUCGUGGGUUCAAAUCCCAUCUGGGACUCGGAUUUUUUUUUCCGAGUCCUCCUCAAAUUAAUAUCAUGUUGUUGUUGUUUCAUCUUCAAUAAAUUGGAAAUCCCAGAAAUUAUUAAUCCACACAUUUAAAUGGUCAUAAAAACUUCAUGCAAGAGAGUGGGUCUCUGUUUAUCCUUUGCAAUUCAAUAAAAACUCAGAUAAGAGGAAUAUUGUUAUCAGUUUUAGCAUCUUAUUUCAUAGAUUUAGUAGCACAUAAAAAAUAAAACAUUAAAAACUGUAUUUUUCUUUUUAUUCAGGCGGGGUCAAAUGUGAAAAGAUUGAGAAGUGAGGUAGGGAAAGAAUUUUAUGUCUUGACACUGUAUGAUGUUGUUCGGAAGCACAGCUACAUCACUUUUAAAUUUUUACUCACUAAUACUUGUCCAGCUAUACUUGGUCAAUGUUUUGAUGCAACACAUAGCUUGUCUAGGGAGGUUUUUGUGGUUUAAGAGCUCAGUUACGAUAUUAUUCUCUAUUUAUUUAUUUUAUUGAUUAAUGUGGGUAAAAUUUAAAUGACUUCCAUUAACAGAAUGAAUACUAUAGAUGGCCUAACCAUAAUUAUUAUAAUGUCUUGUUUUAAGUUUAUGGUCAAUUAUUAAAAGCCCUGUGGGUGUUGUCUAUAUUGAUACACCUACAUCAGAUUCCUAGUGAUAUAAUAGUGUUGUUGAUUGCUUGUGGUUCAAGUUACCACACUGUCUUAUGUAUUAUUUCUGCAGCUGUCUCAAGCUUUGAUUUUGAGAUGUGUGCUGUUAUCUAAACUCAUUCCUUUCCCUUGUAGUUUAUCCAGCUAAUCAAGAUCCUUUGUAGUUGUGAGAUGCUCUGUUCUGCCUCUUGGAAUAUAGUUUAUCCCUGCUAAGUUGUUGUUGUUUUUUUCUCUCUCUUGUUAUUUUCCCUCCUUCUUCCCAUCCCUUGCCUCCCGUUCCCAAAUGCCCAACUGUGUCCGUCUCUGCACCCAUCUGCCUGCCCUGCCCGCGUUGGUCCCUGUCCUGAACUCACCCAAGUACAAAGCUGUGGUCAAUGUCCCGGACACCAAUUCCCCUGAGCGGUAUGUCCCGUGGUUCACUUUAAAUGUUUGUCCAGCCCAUUGGUGCUCUGUACUUACCAUUACAAUAUAGAAAUUUAGAUUAAUUUUUUGCAAGUGAAAUGUUUAUCCUUAAAUCAUUGUGAUCAGCCCGCUUAAGGUGUGCUGGUGGCACAGCUACAUCACUUGCUAGCCAGUGAUGUCUUCUGUGUUCUGUACAUUCAAUACCAUUAGGUUUUCGAGUGCCCUAGCUGCCAAUUUGACCCAAUUACUCUAGUUUUUUUGCUUUCUGUCACAAAACAUUUUUAGAGGAAUUAAAGAACUGAACAAUCCCAAAUUUAUUAUUUAGUUUGUAAAGGAUCUUUUAUGUGAAGGAUGUGCAUACAGUACCACCCAAAAGUACAUAGACAGUCUUGACUUUACAUGCCAGAAUCAAGUUUUGAGUUACAAAAAACCUACAUGUUUGAAAAUUCAUCACUUGAAAGGAUUUCAAGAAAAAUAGCAAAAGCCAAGCAAGCUUUUUGUCACAGUCCACAUUGAGUACGUAACAUUCCUUAAAAUCAGAGUGCCGUCUGUUUGAUGAAUUUGUUCCUGAAGAGAUCCAUCAGGUGACAUGCUCAUUAUAUUUCUUGACUCGAUUCUCAAACUUGAGACUCAAUUCUCAGUAGUUUUUUUUCUCAGUAGAAUUGAGUCUGAAGUGUCAAGGAUUGACAUGCGAGUGACUGUCAACUUACUUUUGAGUGGUACUCUGUGUCUAAGGAUGUUCAUGUAAGAACCUUCUUACAUUGAUGUUUUGUGUCCAAACUCCCCCCAAAAUAGAGAGUAAUUAUGGAGAUGAUGGGCCACAAAACCACCCUAACUUUUGAAAGUAGGCCUUUAGUACUGUAUUUGGCUUCAUUGUACUCGAUAAGAUUUUGCAUAAACAGAAAGUGUAAACAUCAUUAAAUAAUGAAGCUCAUGCUGACAUGACAUUGUUGUUCAUUGCCCAAGAACUCCCAGUGAAAGUUUGUUGCACUCUAGACCCUCUGGUAAUGUAAGGCUUCAGAUCUAGUAUUCUUCUUCAAAUACUGCUUACAUUUUUGCAAGGGUCUUGAUAAAUUUGCACAGAUUGUUAGCCAAAGCACUUUCAAGAUAGCCUAACUUGCAUGUAAAUACCACGCAUCAUUUUGCCCAAAUUCACGAUACAGUACAUUGCAGUUGCGCUGAAAUUUACAAUGUUAAUAGUGCCAGCAACAUUAUGUACACUUUAUAGCAUGAUCUUGUGCCCAUACUUACAUGGACACCCUUUUACUUCUAGUGUCUUGACAAUAACAGCUGCCCAGGAAAGUGCUAUACAAAUUUUUUCAGAGUGCUUGCCCAAAAUUGGAGAGGUAAGGACAACAUAUUGAAUAGUUUUGCUCAUCUUUCAAACUAAAGGAAGCAUUGUUAAAGAACCUAUGUCACGUGGAUAUUGCCAUUUUAAGUCAAUUCUGUGCUCAAGUCAUUACUUAGCACCUUCACCCAUACACAGAAUGUUCUUGUAGCGUUAUGAACAAGAUAUCAAACAUAUUUCAUCAGGGAGCACUAACCUUAACCCAUUCGCCACUAAGCUGCACGUAACCGCCUGUGCAGAUCCAUGUCCUUUCUACUGCUUGUGAUGUCAUCAGUUUUAACCGUCAAGUGCAACUUUGUCUGCUAACUUGUGCAGAGUGAAGAGAUCUUUCAAACCAUACCAGAAUGAGCACAAUUCAGUCAAGGACAGCGGAGAAAAAGGACAAAAACCAUUUAACAUUGACCUGAAAAUCUCCAUGAAAAUCUUGUUCCAUUGCCCACCUACCUUUCCUUUCACCUAAUCCUAAGAUCCUAAAAGCUUUCCUAAAUACUCUACCCACCAAAAUGAAGCCUACUAAAUGAGGCAAGAAAAGCGAAAAAAGAGGGGAGUAUAGACAGCGAAAAGUAAAAGCCAAGACUGCUGUGUCACUUUUAAACCCAAAAUCUCAAAAUUUUGCUUUCUGCGCAUGAACUUCGCAAGCUAACAGUUUGCAUCUGGAUCAGAAGGCACGACCUGUAAACGGUUUUGUGGUAAGUUUUAGCUCUUUAUAGCACAAAGGUAACCAGAAAACUACUCAACUAGCUUCAAAACACGUUUUCGGCAAAAUCUCCAGGAGCGAAUGGGUUAAUGCUUUUUUGUUAGUUUUUGCAGGCAUAGCAUUAAAACUUGAAAAAGUUGGCCCAGCUAUUUCAAGUUUCAAUCCAAGCCCAUCCUUGCCAUCCGUGGUAUCAGAGGACAGGAAACAGUUUCACUGCCUAUAUGUAAUCUUAAAUAACAUAACUGGACCAUUAUUUUUGGGAUUCAAAAAAAGUGUUUUUUGAAAGAUAGCAAAAUUUAGCGUGACCCUUUAACAAGGGUACCAAUUAGCAGCCUGCAGUACUCCCUUUUCUCCUCAUAAGCAUGGACUGUUACUGAAACUCCAAGCCCUGCAAGGCUGCCAAGCUUCUUUUCCUCUUAGUAAGACUGAGCACUAAGCACAAAGUAUUGCAUAACAACCUGGUUGUCAGGACUCUUCUACGUAAGUCGAGUAUCCCAUCUCCUACAGCUAGGAUUAGGCAUACCUCUAACUCAGCUCUGUGCAUAGUGUUUCACUACCAAGGUUGAAGUAACACUCUAGUCAAUCCUGUGACCUGAUGAUAAGAUAUUUAGCUUGUUACACUCUCACACUUACUCUCUUUUUACAGCGUCAGCCAUCAGAUCGUAAUGGUAAAGAAAUCCAGAUGCUUGUGCAACGGAGUCAAGUAGGAAGUGUCAUUGGGAGAGGUGGUUAUAAAAUCAAGGAGACCAGAGAGGUAUUAAAGAAAAAGAGUAGAAAAUGUUUUUGUAAAUUAUACACAUGAUAUUCAUAGUACUUUUUAAUGGCUGCAAACUAAUUUUUAACUAUUUGACUUGUUUUUUUAUAGCAAACUGGUGCCCAAAUCAAGGUAUUUUCCAUGAUUUGUCCCACUUGUAUCUUUUUGCCGUUGUCAUUUUUCACAGUAGGUAACUUUUCUUUGUUCCUAAAUAUUCUUCCAGGUCUUUGCUGAUUGUUUGCCUGAUUCAACUGAAAGAGUUGUCUCCAUAUGUGGUAUUGUCUCAACUGGAGUUUUUAUUGUUAUUACUUUUAAUUUAUUUUCUUUUGCCAGUAAUAUUGAUUGCUGCUAAUGGAAAAUAUAAACACUUCUAACGGUUUAAAUUUUUUUAGGUUCUGAUGAUGUUAUUUUGGCCUGUGUUCGAAAUGUGAUUGACACCUUAAAUGAGGUAUGCAUGAUGAGAGAAGAAUGGCUCUGUUUGUUUGUUCUCAUUUACGUUAUCAGUGAGUUGCCUUUACCAUACUCAUUACAUGUAUUUCUUUCAUUUUCACUGCAGACGCCAUUAAAAGGGCAAGUGUCAUUGUAUGACCCAUCCAGAGGGAACAAUUGGGAUUAUGGAGGUGGCUUUGGAGGUGGCCCACGCGGAGGUGGAGGAAGAGGUGGUAGAGAUGGUGGUGGGCGGGGUAGAGGUGGCAGGGGACGUGGUGGUCGAGGAGGUGGUAGAGGUGGAGGCAGCUUUGGUGGGGGAGGCGACAUGGGAUUUGGAGGAAACUUCAACCAGGACUUUGUAAGUUUUUAUGCUCAAUGCUUCUCUACCUGCUAACAUGUCCAGCUUCUUAAACCCUAGAGCUGGGAUAUUUCCACAGCCAUGGAAGAUUGCAUCACCAUUUUUGCUAUUUUGCCAAUGCUAUUUUCUGUCUGUAUGUGGAAAAAUGGUACCUAUUUUUUGAUAAGCUGCUGUCGUUUUAUUAAAGCUCAUUUUUUAAAAGAGCUUCUUAAGGAUUCUAAUCACACAAUUCUUGACAAAAUUACUUUUAGUUUUAGUUCUUAAUGGUUUGUCAAUGUUUACACGUAUCUGUACUAUAGUGCGUUCGCAAGGUGGUAGUCUUAUCUUUCUAUUGUUCCUCCAUAUGAAGGUACAUUCAUAGGCCAUUGGUCCGGCAUUUUCUCAUGUUACAUUGUUAGGUUAUAACAUUUUUCUACCAUUUUGAGUUUUCGCUACAUUUUAGUCUGCCAGUGAAUUUUAAUUUUUUUCUUGAUCCUCUCCUUGAGUAUUAUUUUUCCUUUUGCAUUUUGCACCCUUGAUGCAUAAGUCAUCUGGACCUUCUCUGUAUUAUUUUUAAAGUUUCAGUUGCUUUUUUUUCUUGGUAUUUACACUAGGUCUUAUCUUUUACUGCAAAGGUUAUCAUUUUUUGCAACUUUAGAGUUGACCUGUAGCUCAGUUGAAAGUUGUUGUAUGUUUAUAAAGAAAGGACUUCUCUUAGAAGAAAGAAGUAACUUGUGAGUAAACCAUUAUUUAGGCACAUUGUGUUUUCUAUUGUCACAGGGAGGUGGAGGAAACAUGGGUGGUGGAGACAUGGAAGGUAAAGGCUGUUUUCAAAACAACAUUUUUCUAUAGCUGUCAUUAAUUCUUUGUAGACUGCUCAUGACAGGGUUGGUUACAUUUUGAUAUUAUUCAGUGAUUUUGUUACAAAUUGCUGUGGAGAGUCCUGUGACUCAUAUUGUGAAAAAUCAUGAGUCCAAAAACCAAUGAUUGUGUUGGAGUAUUAGCAUGGAAAUCUGUUCUGUUGUUACUUAUGUAUGUAGAGCCUUUUCAGAGAUCAAUUGUUACAUCAUACAGUACAUGUGAUGUUACUUUUUUUGCGGGGGCAGGAGGAGUUAAUGUGUCAGGCAUGAUGGAUGCAAGCUAAACAAAAUCACUGAUUAUUCAAUUAAAUGUGGGAAGUUUUUAAAAGGAACCAUCAACACCUAAAUUUAGAAGACUAGUACUGUAUUGUCCCGGACACAACCCUGCAAUGGUACUUAGGUUUUUUUAGAGUGGAAUUUUUUUAAAAUAAUAAAACAAAAAAAAAAAAAAGAAGAAGAGGAGGAGGAAACGAAGACUGUAAUAGGCUAUUCCCAGUUUCUCAAAGGCUCCCUUUCAAGGCUGAAUGCAAAGCCUUUCAUAUGAACUUGAUUUGUUAUUUUCCAAGAAGUCAAACUGAUUUGUUGACCUUGCUUUAGAAUCCUGUUUUGUGUAGAAUCAAUGGCCUCCUAAACGCUUUCAAAAGAAUUCUUGUUUUCAUAAGAAAGGUGAAAAUGAAGAUUUUUGAAACUUGGAAAUGGCUCAUUUGUAAUAAAUUUGCUUUUAUUUAAAUAAAGGACAAUGGAAUCAGGAAGGGCCUGUGAGCGGAGGAGAAUACACAACAACUCAAGUUACUAUUCCAAAAGAUGUAAGUGGUACUGUACUUUGUGUUGAAAGAUUUUCUCCAUAACUUUCAUUUGAGCACAAAAUAUUUAUUGAAGAGUUAGCUAAAAGAUUAGCCUGAAUUUCAUCCGAUUACUUCGAGUCGUUAUUACUCCCUCGGUAAUAAAAUAACGACUUGAAGUACCGUAUUUAUUCAAUUAACCGCCCUGGGCGCUUAUUAAAUUUUUGGACCUUGAGGGUGGGCGCUUAUUCGAGGCUGGGCGCUUAUUAAAUUUUCACCAUUUUCAGCAAGUGAAGUAUGUUUAUUUUGCAACAAAACAAUAAAUGCUAAUAAGAAAACGCGAAGACAUAACAAAGCAAGAUUUCUGUAAAAUACUUUGAAGAAAACUCCGUCCUCAGGGAAGUCUCUUAUUAGAAUUUAUUCACUCAAGUGGGUGGGGUGGGGGUGAGCGCUUAUUUGAGUUUGCUUGGGAGGAGGAGGGGGUGGGCGCUUAUUCGAGGCUGGGCGCUUAUUAACUUUUUCUGCCUUUAGUAUGAGCGCUUAUUCGAGGUGGGCGCUAAUUCGAGGUUGGGCGCUUAUUCAAAUAAAUACGGUAAUCGGAUGAAAUUCGGGCUAGCUAAAAGAUUGAAGCUGACAUUUGUUUUGAUAAUUUAGCUGGCUGGAUCCAUCAUUGGAAGAGGAGGACAGAGAAUUAAAGAGAUAAGGUAAGCACAUGUACUUAAACCCAUUCCUACAAUAGACCUCAUUAGCUUGCACGGUUUGUUUUCUCAAUGAAGUCCUCAGUGGAAUUUGCCUCUUUGUCUUUUCAUAAAUUAUGCAUACAUUAGCCUCUGCCAGGCUCUCAGAUAGCAGGGAUGUCGUGAAAAUACAACAAGCCAAGUGAAAAUAAGAUGCGCGCGAUCCAGUGAAGGGGUCAGCGCCCUCUCUUUCUCCAGCCACCACGUGUUUUUGCAUCUUUUUUUACUGCAUGAUGGCACUGCACUACUAUCUUUGAGCCUGGAACAGGCUAUGUGUACAUAUGCAUGUGGAAAGGGUAAAAUUUAAAAGAAACAGUUCUCUUUAGUGUUAUCUGAUGACCCGCAUUGGGAAAACAAUACAUGGUUUAGAGGUGUAUUUAAGUUAAGAAAAAUCCGAUAUUCCAUUUUGUAAAAUGCUGAAAAAUGAAAGACAAUUAAAAUAAGGUUACUUACUAUGCUUAAAGGUGAUACGUCCAAAGAUAGCGAAGAUUUUGCUCCAGAAAGUCGUUAAACUUUACAAGCGUCUGAAAAAUUUCGCGAAUUUGCUUAACAAAUCAGUUUUAAACUUGGCAACUUUACUGAUUUGAAGGCGUUUUUUCAAGCGCCGUGUUAACUGAUUUUCGCUAACGGGUCCUAGUUAAGAGUUGAAAAAAAAACAUUGAAGGGUCUAUUAAUCUGCUUACCACUGACUGACCUUUACAAAUCACAAUUAUUAUUAUUUUGCUUAACCUUAUCCAAACAUUGGUUUUUUAUUGUCAUCUUAUUGAACUGUUGUUUUCUAGAGAGCGCUCUGGUGCCACCAUAAAGAUUGACGAUCCUCUUCCUGGCUCCAAUGACAGGAUCAUUACUAUCUCAGGCAAUCAAUCCCAGAUCAACUUUGGCCAGUUUCUCCUUCAACAAAGGUAAGGAGCCAACCUAAAUACAUCAUAUUUAGCGGUUUGUUUCUCUUAAGUCCCAAUAACUCGUGUGGCGCUGAUUUUUUCGCUGUCUCACCCCCUUUUUUUGCCUUUCUUCCUUCCCCAACUACGGAUCCUUGUCCCAGGCUAGGUACUGAAAGCUGAAUGUUGGCCAACUGUCGGCCGACAGUUUUUCGGGGAUGCCGUUCACCUCUUCUGCUGUAUGUUUAGCAGUGCGACUGUGCAUGCAGUGCUAAGAGCUACCCUUGUGCUUAUUCUUAGGUUCUCAGUGCUGUUGCUUUGAUUGUUAAAAUAAACAGGAAAAGAGUAACAAUUAUUUUGACUAAACUGUAGUGUUGCUUAUUGCUUUCUUUUUUUCUAGUGUAAGGCAGUACUCGGGCAAGAAUUUCUGAAGCUGGACCAGUGCACGGUGUUCGUUUAAUAUACUGGUCAAUUUGUUCUUUUUAUGGAGAUAUCAGUUUACACUCUCUGUUAACUUCAGACCUGUUAAAUCCUCCCUGAAGAUGUUUCUGUCUUUGUAAUCAUAAGAUGAUGAUCCGUCACAGCAGCCACUUAGUAAAUGCUCCUACUUCGUAAUGCUUUAUAUUGGUAUGAAGUUGUAAUAGCACCCACAAAAUUACCCAAAACGCAGUUUUAUUUAGCAUUCUGUAACUUAAGCGUAGGAUAAAAGAUCAUGUGUAAAAUAGUCAAGUGAUUGUUAAAGGCGUUUUUAGAGGAUUUUUUUGUAUUGUAUCUUUCUUUUUAUUAGAUAUGACAAUGGCGUUUUGCGUUUUCUCAGUGUCUUACAUAUUUAGUUUGCGAUCAA